CUUACGUUUGGCUGCCAGAAGUCUCACCUGUGCGCAAUCAUGAAUACGGCCAUCUGCUCCGCGUGCGCGCUGCUUCUCGCGCUUCUCUUCGUGUGUGCGCACUCGCGUCCGGGGUCACCGGGCCGGUCAGCGCGCGCUCCCGCAGACAAGGUGCGCCUGGCAGGUAUCGGCAACAGGGAAAACGAAGGACGCGUGGAGAUCCUGCACAACGGGACGUGGGGGACCGUAUGUGACGACGAGGUCGAUAUUAAACUGGCGAACGUGGUUUGUAGGCAACUGGGAUUCCAAAGUGGCAUAACGUGGGCGCACAGUGCCCAGUAUGGAGAAGGGGAGGGCCCGAUUUGGUUGGAUAAUGUGAGGUGUGUUGGGACAGAGGUCACUCUGAACGACUGUAAGUCGAACGGGUGGGGUGUGCACGACUGCAAGCACUCUGAGGACCUAGGGGUGGUCUGUAGUCCAGAGAGAAGGUUGGAUCAAGUGCAUCCCGGAGUGUCCAGAAGAGGGCACACCAUUGUUCUGCGACCAAACGCGGUCACCGCAAACCGUUGGCAGGACAUUUACUCCAGUUCAAUGUCACCUGCACAUCUGAGUCAAGGCAAUGGACAUUCAGAGGAUGUUCAGAGAUGGGAUCAGUUUUCUAGACAGCAGCUUCAAAAUCCGUCAGCCAGAAAGGUGAGGAUUGAGGAAGUGCGUCUGCGGCCAGUUCUGAUGGCUGCAAAGAGGCGUGCUCUUGUCACAGAGGGCGUGGUUGAAGUGAAGCAUGCUGGGAGAUGGAGACAGGUGUGUGAUAAAGGCUGGAGUCUAAACAGCAGCAGGGUCGUGUGUGGAAUGCUGGGCUUUCCUGAUGCAGAGAAGCCAAACAUGAACACUUACAAAAAAAUAUGGGAUAAAAAAGUCAAGGAUUCAACCACCAGACUGAGUCAAAUGACUAAGAAGAAGGGAUUCUGGGUUGAGAAAGUGCAUUGUCUGGGCACAGAACCCAGUCUGGCAGAUUGCCACGCCCAGCUGUCCAUCGCCAGAAGCCCCGUCCCAUGUAAGAACGGCCGACACGCUGUGGCCCGCUGUGUGGCAGGACCCCAGUUCAUCCGUAUGUCCUCCGGGAGACCCCAGGCCCCUCAUCCUACAGCACUGUCAGUGCGUCUAAAAGCAGGCCCACGUCUGGGAGAAGGAAGAGUUGAGGUUCUGAAAGAAGGAAAGUGGGGAACUGUGGUUGACCAUCUAUGGGACCGUAUCUCAGCCAGCGUGGUGUGCAGAGAGCUGGGCUUCGGCACUGCCAAAGAAGCACUUACUGGGGCAUACAUGGGCCAAGGAACCGGGCUGAUCCAUUUGAACUCUGUGCAGUGUAGAGGCACAGAACGUUCUAUUCUAGACUGCUACUUCCAGGAAGUCCCUGCCUGGACAUUUAAACACAACCGUGACGCAUCCGUCAGAUGCCAUGUUCCUCAGACAGGACUGGAGACCAAGGUGAGGCUGGCAGGAGGCCGCGACACGGGCGAGGGGCGCGUGGAGGUGCUCAUGGAGGUGGGGGGCAAAAAGCAAUGGGGGGCUGUUUGCAGUGAAAACUGGGGAAUAAAUGAAGCGAUGGUGGUGUGUAGGCAGCUGGGCCUCGGGUUCGCUGCGCGUGCUCAUCAGGACACAUAUUAUUGGCAAGGGGACCCUGCAGCAGAGGAAGUGGUGUUGAGCGGAACUCACUGUGUUGGAACUGAACUCUCCAUCCAGCAGUGCCGUCGUAAUAGUCACAUCCACUGCCCUCGAGGAGGCGGGGCUAAAGCUGCUGGCGUCACCUGUUCUGAAACGGCACCCGACCUGGUUUUGGAUGCCCAGCUUGUGCAGGAGAGCUCUUACCUGGAGGACAGACCUCUGCACCUGCUCACCUGUGCUCAUGAAGAGAACUGUCUUUCCUCUUCUGCCCAACGUAUGAAUUGGCCGUACGGUCACCGCCGCCUUCUGCGCUUCUCCUCACGAAUCAUGAACUUGGGCAGAGCCGACUUCCGUCCCCGUGCGACACGCGAGUCCUGGACCUGGCACCAGUGCCACAGGCAUUAUCACAGCAUUGAAGUUUUCACUCAUUACGACCUUCUGACGCUUAACGGAAGCCGCGUGGCCGAAGGACACAAAGCCAGUUUCUGUUUGGAGGACACCUACUGCCCUGAGGGACUUCAAAAACGAUUUUCGUGUUACAACUACGGAGAUCAAGGGAUUUCGGUGGGUUGUUGGGACACCUACCGCCACGAUAUCGACUGUCAGUGGAUAGACAUCACAGAUGUGAGGCCUGGAGACUACAUCAUGCAGGUUGAGGUCAAUCCAUCACUGGACAUGGCAGAAUCUGACUUUAUGAACAACGUCAUGCGCUGUCGAUGCCGAUACGAUGGCCAUAGAGUUUUCAUGUACGGCUGCCACGCAGGUGACGCCUACAGCGCUGAAACCGAGGAUUUAUUUGAGCAUCAGCGUCAGAUCACUAAUAACUUCGUCUGAGCCGAUCAAAGAGAGGAGAGAGGAGAUGAUGUUUCUCCAGGGCUCCUCGAAUAAGACAAAAAUUAUGAUAUUUACUGGUCUUAGAACAGUUUACCAUCACCACAGAGAGUGAAAGAUCUUAAACAGCUAAACUGUCCGGCAUUGAAUUGUUUGAAAACACCUGAAAGAAAAUGAAUCUGAUAGUUAAGAUGGAAGGUUCACACUAUCCCAACAAACACAAACAGGGUCAACACUCAGACGGUGUUGUUGUGGAAGUGUGUAUUUGCCUUUAAGGACAUUUUUUUUUUAGAUUAAAUUAAGUUUGUAUUUUUAAUUAAGUGAAAUUGUUGUAAGUUUCAUUUGGCUGGAAUACAACUUUUGUAGCUCUUGAGACUAUGAGACUUUUAGAAAAGAACUGUUCUUUUUUGUCUACACAAAGAAAUAUAUUUAUUCCUGACAUGUUAUUUUAAAAGAAAUUCCUCAGUAUAAUUCAUUUACAGUUUUAACCAAACUUUAGUUUUUAAACUUUUAGUUAAAUGUAUAUUUUACCAAACAAGAUAUAACAGGUUGGUGUGCUUUGGUGCAGACGUCUUUAAUACAAAUGUAUUACCGAUAUGAUUCUAUUAAGAUUUAAGUUUUACUUUUUUCCAGUUCAUUUCAGUUCUUUUGUUUGGGUUAUGCACUUUAUCGAUGGACCGUCAGUAUUCUGGUAUAAGGGCCAGUCACUACCCUGUAUCAACACACACUUUAUUGUUUGUUUAUCGUUUAGGUUUUUGUACUACCUUUCCUUUAUCCAUAGACAUUUGUGACUUUCCUGAAUCUUUAAGGAUACCAAAGGAUAUUGUAUAUGCUGAGGAUUAAUUUAUUUAAUAUGUUAGACUAGUAGGUAAGAGUUCUAUUCGUUUGAGAAUCGAGAGUAUUAGGAAACGCUUGAUAAAUGGUUGAUUGCUAUUUUGGCGAUUUUGGUUUGAGUGGUUGAAUGAGACGUGUUGCUUUAGUCUAGUGCGUACUUGAAGCUUCAGAAAAAUACAGCAUUAAGCGUAACUUGUUACAAAGUUGUAAACAGCCCUAAAGAAAAAUCUGACUUUGUCUAAAGCAGUGAUCUUUAAGAAUAUAUUCUUAAAGUAAUAAAUACUUCUUUGCAUAUA